UCCGAGCGUCAACGUUUCUUUUUCCCGGGCGGCAGCUAGAGCAGACGGCGGAUGAGUUUUGGGCCUGAGAGGCCCCCGUUGAGAGGCGUGGCAACUCAGCCGAGAUCUGACAGGCCCAGUUCACGUGCAGGCGGCGGCGGAUCAUAUUCCUCCAUUUACCAUGGCUCUGCCGGGAACUCUGAACCUCAAUAACGAGUCCAUUCUCAUCAGAUAUUUGUUCUCACCACCGUCACUUCCAUAUAGUGCUAAUGUCAACAAAAUACUAUUUCUACCACUUACCGCCUUCUGGUUUCUGCCUCUAUCUAACGAAGUAAUAUCAACCGAAGUCUUAAAGUAAGCUGGAAACGUAAGGAUCGAGUUGUGAAGAUGAGAAAAGAAGUGAAGAGAAUUCGAGUUUUGGUUAUCCGAAAACUUGUCAGGAGUGUUGGCAGACUGAAGUCAAAAAAGGGUACUGAAGAUGCACUGUUAAAAAACCAAAGACGGGCACAACGAUUGCUUGAAGAAAUCCAUGCUAUGAAGGAAUUGAAACCUGAUAUAGUAACUAAAUCUGCUCUUGGUGAUGAUAUCAACUUUGAAGAAAUCUGCAAAAAGCCAGAUUCUACUGCAACUGAAAGAGCAAUUGCCAGACUAGCAGUACAUCCUCUUCUGAAGAAAAAGAUAGAUGUCCUAAAAGCUGCUGUCCAAGCCUUUAAGGAUGCAAGACAAAAUGUUGCUGAAGUUGAGUCAUCAAAGAAUGCUUCAGAGGACAUUCAUUCUAAGAAUACUUUGUAUAUAAAUGAUAAUGGAAAUAACUCACAGCAUGAAGGAAUUAUUAUCAGUGAGCAAAAAGUGAAAGAAACCAAAAUACUGGCAAAGAAACCAACACAUAAUUCAAAAGAAAAAAUAACCAAGGUAGAACAUAGAGCUAAAGCUGUGACUAUUCUAAAUUCUCCAUCAAAGCCUUCAGAAAAGGAUUCUGUAGUUUCCCGAGAGUCCCGGAAGACACCUGCUGACCCAAAACUGAAAACACUAAGUCAAACCAAAAAAAACAAAGGAUCUGAUAGCUCACUCUGUGGUAACAGUGAUGGCGGAGAAGAAUCAUGUGAAGAGGAGAAGGAGUAUUUUGAUGAUAGCACAGAAGAAAGAUUUUACAAACAGUCUUCCAUGUCUGAAGAUAGUGAUAGUGGUGACGACUUUUUCAUUGGUAAAGUCAGACGGACACGAAAGAAGGAAAGUAGUUGUCAUUCUUCAGUUAAGGAACAAAAACCACUUGAAAAAGCAUUACUUAAAGAAUAUACAGGUGAAACUCAAGGGGAUACAAGAAAUGACACAACCAAGCCAGAUACGGAAACCAGAAAGUUGGAAUCAGUGUUUUUCCACUCUUUAUCUGGAUCUAAAAGCUCUAGAAGAAAUUACAAAGAACAGGCUCCAAAAACCAGAUCCAUAGAUUUUCCACAGAAUGAACCUCAGAUCAAGAAUCAUUUUAAUAAGAAACUACAAAGAAAACUUGAAAAUACGAAACAGCAAUUGCCGCUGCCUCUUCAUCCUUCAUGGGAAGCAAGCAGAAGGCGAAAAGAACAGCAGUCUAACAUUGCUGUGUUUCAGGGGAAGAAAAUUACAUUUGAUGAUUGAUUAGUGCCUCUUCUGUGAAUUUUUCCAUCUUAAAAAAAAAAAAAAAAAAAUUUAAGAUAGGGUUUCACUCUGUUGCCCAGGCCAGAGUACAGUAGUACAGUCACAGCUCACUGCAGCCUCAAACUCCUGGCAUCAAGUGAUCCUCCUACCUCUGCCUCCCAAAGGGCUGAGACUGCAGGUGAAUGCACCACCAUGCCUGGCUUCAUCGGCCCCUGCCCUGCAGCUAUUACUUAAACUCAUAUUUGAAUAAGUCUCUUGGGAGGAAUUAUAGAAUGUUUUUGUAUUUCCUUUUUUAAGUUAAAUUCAAGUUAUGUUUACAUAGACCUUUCACAAAUCCAAUAUGUACUUAAGUUGAUUUUUAAUAAUAUCCCUCAGACUGUUUCCCUUAUUCAGUAAUUUGGGGAUUAUAGUGGUCUCAUAUUUUCUCAUUAGUGCUUAUCAUGACAUGCGCUUUACUGGUUCAGCUCUGUUGUGUCCUUAAAAAUAAAUGUCAAUAUGUAUUUUUAAAUAAUAAUGGAAACAGGAAAUCAUAGCUGUUUAAACCAGAUCACCCUUGUUAAAAAUCAUUCUUGUUAGCAAACUAGUAACUUUUAUUAUGGAUGUACAGAUAAUUAAAUAAAUUAAUUUUAUUAUACUUUCAAGUACUUAUGAUCAUGUACUUUUUGAUUCUAAAAUAGUUGUCUAGAACAAUUUGGGGAUUCUUAAUUAUAUUUUAGUUACUUAAGUAAAUUAUUUAAAUGUAGCAAUACAACCAAUAAUUUGUUUUAUGUUUCACUGCAUAUAAAUAUUUUCAUUGAAUCAAGAAUAUUAUCUAGUUAUUUGACUAUAUAGUCUUAUUUCAAAAUUUUUGAGGAAUCAUAGAUUCUAAUUCUCAACAAAUUCUGAAGGUGGUAGGAUUAAAAAGAACAUUUUCACUGAUGCUAAGCCAAGAACUAUAAGAUGACUCACUGAGGAAAGGACUGCAUUAUACAUCACAGUACUGCUAUUUAAAAGGAGAAUAGAAUUUUUUUAAUCCCUUCCAAUGUUUCACUUUUGCUGGGAAAAAUUUUAAGGUUCUUGAUAAACUUAAUAAUGCUAAUCUAUGUUUCUUGCACAUUAGUGCCUUUAAUGGCAGAGAAGGCCAUAUGGUUAACAUGUAUUCACAAACUCUCAAGAGUCAUUUCUACUUAUUUCAAGGACUUAGAUAACUCAGUUGGGUGUGGUAACUCAUGCCUGAAAUCUCAGUACUUUGGGAGGCUAAGGCAGGCAGAUCGCUAGAGGCCAGGAGUUCAAGACCAGCCUGGCCAAUAUGGUGAAACCUCAUCUCUACUAAAAAUAUAAAAAAUUAGCCAGGUGUGGUGGUGAGCACCUGUAAUUUCAGCUACUCGGAAGGCUGAGGCAUGAGAAUCACUUGAACUUGGGAGGCAGAGAUUGCAGUGAGCCGAGAUCACACCAUUGCACUCCGGCCUGGAUGAUACAGUGAGACUCUGUC